AUGAACAUGCAUAAUAACAUCGAGGAAAAUCACAGACUCCUCGACGAGUUUGUACACAAUAAUAUUCACGCCUUCCAACCUUCGAACGACAGUUUGAACAGCAAUGCUGGUAGUUCUGGUGGUCAGUUUAUGGCACAUAUGAAGUUGGAGGAUGGGGCUGGCCAGAGCGGUCUUUUGGACGUUUCCCCACAGAAUACGGCUAGUGCUUCGCUGGUUGACAAUGAAACCGGUAUGAGUCGCGGCAGUAUAUACCCAAGCACUCCCGCUCAACAGCAUGAAAGCAUGCUGUAUAACAAUAAUACCACUACUAGUAAUAAUAAUAAUAAUCAUGCCCAUAACAAGAGUAGUACUUCAAACUGGGAUGGUAGACCGCCUGCUAUGGCGAAUUCCGCACCACAAAUAAUAGAGCAGCCAACCUCCUUUUUGGACGACAUGUUCACAGCGUCUCGUCUGGACAGUGUGCAGCAGUAUCAGACGAGACAGUCGCAGCAACUUCAUGGUGGUGACAACCAACCCACGCAGAUUGAGGAUACAUUUAAUACCACAGCGAACACUACACAACACAACUCGAUAUCAGAGCCCUGGCCGAGUGGCAGUCUGGAUACCCACGCGACAACGUUCAACGAGCCCUUGCCCGUAGACAUGCUGUUCAGUCAUGGGGCAGACGACGCAAUGUUCAACUACACAGACGACUUGAGCUCAUCCCUGAGUUCUUCGGUCCACUCGGACAUCAUGACACCGUCCUCAUUCUCCUUCAACCCGCAGCAACUGGAGUCCCUGAGGUCCCCCUCCAACUCGAUACGGGCCGGGAACUAUCUUUCGCAGUCGCUGAGGCAGCCUAACUUCCUGAACAGUCCAGCGACGCCGAAAUCCAGACACGCGUCCCUAGCAGUGAACGGGGAUAAACUGAGUACCAGCGUGCCCAAAUCAUUGACGCAUCUAUCCACGGAGGAGAAACUGCGGCGGAAGAGAGACUUCCACAACGCGGUCGAGCGCAGAAGAAGAGAACUGAUCAAGACUAAGAUAGGAGAGCUGGGGAAUUUGGUUCCGCCAUCACUGCUUUGCUUUGACUCUACGGGGAAACAAGUGAAACCGAACAAGGGCAUUAUAUUGAACAAAACGGUAGAGUACAUUAGCUUUCUCCAACAGGUGUUGGCCGCACAGGAGAAAAGAAAGAUACAGCUCAAAUACAAACUUAACCAACUCGAGGAAAAGAUGGGCGGGUUGCACAUAGACGCGGUUGGUAAACAGGAUGCGAACAAUGGGCAUGAGAUGAAGCCCGUACAAUCCUCAGAAACGAUCACCUCGCAGAACGUCUCCGGGGAGAGGAUAAUAGACACAAGGUAUAAACCUAGUGUCGGGGACGAGUUCGAGGACGGUCCGCAGGGGAUCUCGGACGAUUUGAAACAAUACCUGUCAGGGAACAUUGCAGAGGCGGAGGACAACGCAAAACUGAUGUUUGGCGGGUUUAACAUGGACAACAGUCAUGGUGACGCCAACGCGGCGGACUACCUGCUAGAAUUCAAUUCAUAG